AUGGGCUCGAUCAAUCAAAGGAACGAUGGGCAACCACCAGAUGAACAUGCGAGAAGUGAAAGUGAUCACUUCAUCCCAGAAGCAUUAAGCAGCCUUGAAACGGUCGAACAGCGCCAAGUGUUGGACAUCGUGUCUCAGCUUCGAAAAUGUGGAUUAAAUAGCGUCUUGUCAUUGCCACAAAUAGUAGUUUGCGGUGAUCAAUCAGCCGGUAAAAGUUCGGUAUUAGAGGCAUUGACUGAAAUACCCUUUCCACGGAAAGAUAAUUUAUGUACAAGGUAUCCAACUGAGAUUAUAUUGAGACAAGGAAAGUCAGAUUCACUCCAGAUUAGAGUGAUUCCUGACCCCGAACGCUCUGUGGAAGAGCAAAAGUCUAUCAGGGAAUUUAGGGAAAACAUUACGAGCUUUGAGGAGUUGCCCAAGGUUAUGGACAAAGCCACAGAGAUUAUGGGCAUUAAUAAGGUGAAUGGCAGUGGUAUUGAUCUUCGGCAGGCCUUUGCGCGUGAUGUGCUCAGUGUCGAGAUAGAAGGGCCAAAUCGCCCUCAGCUCACGGUCGUUGAUCUGCCUGGAAUCGUACAGUCGCAGACUAAAGAUACAUCACAGGCAGACGUCCAAUUGACUGUCGAAAUAACCGAGUCGUAUAUUUCCCAACCACGUACUAUUUGCUUAGCUGUUAUUUCCGCAACGAACGAUUAUGCCAACCAACCAAUUCUCAACAAAGUUCGUCAAUUUGAUCCCAAAGGCGAACGUACUUUGGGUAUUAUUACAAAACCAGAUCGGCUGCAUCCUGGCUCGGAAACUGAAGACGCCUUUCUUCGCUUAGCAAAAAACGAAGAUAUAUAUUUCACAUUAGGAUGGCAUAUUCUCAAAAAUCGAAGCUACGAAGAAGCCGAGUUUUCAAUUCAGGAAAGAAAAGAUUCCGAGUCAAAGUUUUUUCGACAAUCACGAUGUGGAACACUUUCCCCUGCGCAUAUAGGUAUCAGCAGCCUUGUAGACCGUCUGAGCAAAAUGUUAUUUUCGCAUGUGCAGCAAGCGCUCCCGUUGCUUCACGAGGAGCUGGAUGAAGCUCUCGGCAGGAUCAACAAGGAAUUGGCAGCUAUACGAGAACCCCGAGCUUCUCCAGAUGAAUGCAAGAUAUUCCUAGCUCAAUUGGCAUUGAAUUUCUAUGAAGUCUGCAAAGCUGCCGUCAAUGGCCAUUAUGAGGACAGUUACUUCAGAUAUAACGGCAAAGGGUCGCCUCUUCAAGCUCUGGCCCUAAGUCGACGUUUACGUGCUGAGAUCCAGCUUCUCAAUCAAAAGUUCGCAGAAGACGUACGCCAAAAAGGACACAAGUACCAUAUAAACGGCCUGCGGGGUGUUUCUUCAGAUGCGGAGCAAACGGUCCCACAGAAUGUCGAUGAAGUACCUUCGGAAAGUGAAGGGGAGACCGGGAUCAAGACCCCAGGUGAAUUGAAAUCCCACAUCAAACUCAUGUUGCCUGAAACAAUGUCACACCGGAAAGCAAUGAAGUGGGUGAACGAUGUAGUUGUUAGAACGAGGGGGCGAGAGUUACUCGGCAACUUCAAUCCUCUCGUGAUUGCAGAGUUGUUUUGGGAACAAUCCUCUAAAUGGGACGUCUUUGCAAAGGAACAUAUUGAUCAGGCAUCGAGUGCGUGCCAGCGUUUCUUGAAACAUGCCCUUGAUAGCAUGGCACCUCGAGACAUCUUCCAUCGACUUUGGCCGCGAAUUCUAGGAGAUUUGACAACAAAACGCCAGCAUGCAACAGAUGAGCUUGAGAAAAUACUCAAAGAUAUUCGAAGCUAUGUGAUCAAUUACAACCAUUACUAUACCGACAUUAUUAAGAAAUCUCGUUACGAAAGAAGAAGGGCCCAGAUGCAGAAAUGUAUCGAGAAAGCCACGCGAAACAAAAAGGUUUCCGGAUCGAAAACGGACCAGACCUAUACUGACCUUGAUCUAAAUCAUCUACUGAGCCUCUAUUCAGAACGCAUCGACCCAAACAUGGAUGAUCAUAGUUCUGAAGAAAUCCUUGAUUGUCUACUUGCAAUAUACAAAGUGAACCAGAAAAUAUUUAUCGCAAAUGUUACUAUACAGGUUAUCGAACGUCAUGUGUUGCAGGGCUUGGAGGAAAUUUUCUGCCCAUUGAUUGUUGCAAAUAUUUCCGAUGCUGAUGCAGUUGCUCUAGCAUUAGAGCCUGCGGCCACUACGAAACAGCGAGACUAUCUAAGUGGUAGGCUUGCAAAGCUCAAACAGGGACGCGAAAUCUUGCGAGAAUUCACGUCUAUCUGA